CUAGUCACCACUAAGAAAUGGGCUUCAAUUCUCCCGGAGUAUUUCCCAGGGCCCUCGGGGCUUCAGUCCCUAGCUCAGGAUUGUGACGCGCUCAGAUAUGAUGGGGAUGGGGACCACGUAGACCCCAGGGGCGGCGAGUUGUAUGGCCCGGUGGUGCCCAGGCUCCAGCAAAUUCAGGGCCCAGGGGGUCCAGCUCCACUGAUGUUCGGGGCCGGGUCUCUCCCCCCGGCCCCGCCUGCUGCCCCCGUGCGCCCCCUCCCCCGAGUGUCCCUGCCCGCCCUGGGCCACGGGCGGCUGCCCCCUGCAGCUCCACGCUGCGUUCCCUCCUCGCCGGCCGCUGCCAGCUACAAGGGUCGGUGCCGGGGGCAGGCCGAGGCGACUGCUGUGCCUGUGGAGGGAGGAGACGCAUGGCAGCCCCCCCCAUCCCCCCCCCGGCAGGCGACUCUGAGGGGGGACCCUAUCCUGGCUGGACCUCCAGAGCAGCAGCCUGGGGAGGCUUGGCAAGUGCUGAGAACAGACUUCUCAAGUUUGCUUAUGAUACAUCAGAAGGCAGGAAAUCAGGAAAAACACACACCAAGCGAGAACAAGCGCUCUUGCAAUUCCCUGAUGUGAAGGACUGUUUGGCUGCCCUCUGGGAGGUGAGAGCCUACCUCUGGAUGAGGCAGAUGGAAAUGAUAAUGUGACGGGGAAGGGAGUUGUUGCUCUCUGGCCAUGGAAAUCUAAGAGCUGCUGGUGUCCACCUCACUACAAACAGGGACCAUGGGCUGUUGCUGCAGUUCUGACUAUGACGAAGACUGGAUCGAGAACAUUGACAUCUGUGAGCGCUGCAAUUACCCCAUAGACCCGGCUAGUAAACCCCAGAGGCUGAUACACAAUGGCUCCGAGGUGCGUGAUCCUUUGGUGUCCUAUGAAAUUCCUUCGCCGCCCUGCUCUCCUAUGCAAGAUAAACUAGUGGUAGCUUUGUAUGACUAUGAACCAACUCACGAUGGCGACCUGGGGCUCCAGAAGGGGGAGACGCUCCGAAUUCUGGAGGAGAGUGGGGAGUGGUGGAAGGCCCAGUCGCUCACCACUGGCCAGGAAGGGUACAUUCCCUAUAACUUCGUCGCCAGGGUGAACAGCCUGGAGCCGGAACCCUGGUUCUUCAAAAACCUCAGCAGGAAGGAUGCUGAGCGCCAGCUCCUGGCCUCCGGGAACACGCAUGGCUCUUUCCUGAUCCGGGAGAGCGAAUCCACCAAAGGUUCCUUCUCCCUGUCAGUGAGGGACUUCGACCAAAACCAAGGCGAGAUGGUGAAGCACUACAAGAUCCGGAACAUGGACAAUGGGGGGUACUACAUCUCCCCUCGCAUCACCUUCAGCAGCCUGCACGAGCUGGUGGAGCAUUACACACGCAAUAUAGAUGGGUUGUGCACCCGCUUGGGCAAGCCCUGUCAGAACCAGAAGCCGCAGAAACCCUGGUGGCAGGACGAAUGGGAGGUACCUCGGGAGACUCUCAAGCUGGUGGAAAAGCUGGGAGCAGGGCAGUUCGGAGAGGUCUGGAUGGGUUACUAUAACGGUCACACCAAAGUGGCCAUUAAGAAUCUGAAGCAGGGCAGCAUGUCCCCCAGCGCCUUCCUGGCAGAAGCCAACCUCAUGAAGAGCCUGCAACACCCCAAGCUGGUGCGGCUCUACGCCGUGGUGACUCAAGAGCCAAUCUACAUCAUCACGGAGUACAUGGAGAAAGGGAGCCUGGUGGAUUUUCUCAAGACCCCCGAAGGAAUCGGACUCACCAUUAACAAAUUGCUGGAUAUGGCAGCGCAGAUCGCAGAGGGAAUGGCCUUCAUCGAGGAGAAGAAUUACAUCCACCGGGACCUGCGAGCUGCCAACAUCCUGGUGUCAGACACCCUCUGCUGUAAGAUCGCUGACUUCGGGCUGGCUCGGCUCAUCGAGGACAACGAGUACACGGCCCGGGAGGGAGCUAAGUUCCCCAUUAAGUGGACAGCACCAGAAGCCAUUAAUUAUGGGACGUUCACCAUCAAGUCUGAUGUUUGGUCAUUUGGAAUCCUCCUGACUGAGAUUGUCACCUAUGGCCGGAUCCCUUAUCCAGGGAUGACUAACCCAGAAGUGAUACAGAACUUGGAGCGCGGUUACCGAAUGCCUCAGCCCGACAACUGCCCAGAGGAGCUGUAUGCACUGAUGAUGCACUGCUGGAAGGAGAGCCCAGAGGAGCGCCCCACCUUCGAGUACAUGAAGAGCGUUCUUGAGGACUUUUUCACUGCCACAGAGGGCCAGUACCAGCAGCAGCCGUGACGAGACCCUGAGCCAGGGUUGGCGGCGUCCUCACUUUGGGAUGUGCGGGGGGUGGGAGGGGAAUGGUCCCUGUACAUUAGCUCCUCAGAGACUCACAGCUCAGGCCCGGGCCUUUGGAUCACAGCCUAACCCUGGCAGAAACUCGUCUCUCCCCCUCACGCCAGUGACGGUUUUUACUUGUUUCUGGAGCACACAUUCAUGCAGCUGAUUCUUCUUGAUUCUCUGAGCACAGGUAACGUGUGUUUUAUGAGUGCUGACAAAAGAGCUGCAUGACCCAGAGGGCUGCGAGGUUUCUACCUGAGUUGCAUGUGCAGGUACACACAUGCUAGAGCACCCACACAAACACCGGGGGCACACCUGUAUGCCCACAGCACUGUACAUGGGCUCACUCAAUGCACAGAUACUCAAUAUAUGUGUGUGUGUGCACACGGGCCAUAAACACACAAAUAUUCAGCUAUGCAGACACACACAAAGGCUUAGGCGUGUAAACACACCCACAUGGUAGAGACACACACGGAUAUGCAGUGUGCAUAGUGCAGAGAGCUGCUCUGUGAACAGUCAGACCCAUAUCUCUGGCAACUAAAAUCAUCCUUUUGCCCCAGUGUGAUGCAGAAGCCAAGUUCUCUUGCAGCCCCAGCUAUGGGUUAGGCUCAGAACCCACCACAAAUUGCACUAGAACCAAAGAACCCCUUAUCAGCACUGAUCUUCCAGCAUGAGAGGCUCAGAGAGCUGCAAGGUGGAGCACCUCAUGUCUCUUCCAUCCCUACCCAUGGGUUCCCAAUGCAGGAUUUCCCCAGUGCGUUUUCUUUCCCCAGUGAAGAUGGAUGGUGUAUCAGUGCCAAGGGAUUCUGCCAGCCUUGUGACAGAACAGUUCACGCACAGGGCUGUGAUCAAGGCACACAAAUCGCUGCACUCACCACAGCUGCUCCAAGGGGACGCAGGGCCCCCUUGUGCAUUGUAUCAGAGGCAGAAACCUCUUCACACCAGAGCCAGACUGUCUCUGGGACACCACUGCCCACGUCUAUGUGUCCCAGUGCCCAUGAAGCAGCCACUCUCUGCCCUGCUCGCUUGCUCAUUUUCACUCUGAAACCACACGGCUGGACUCUGACCAGUGGCUGUCGCACACAAUGGGUCCCGGAACCCUUUAGAAAGUUUGGUAAAGCAGGCAACCAGUUCAAACAUUUUAGCAAAGGGAGAGAGGAAUGACCAGGCAGGAGGAAAAGGAGAGGAUUUCAGCUCAGACUGCAAAGGACCUGGUGAGUCCAAGAGGUGUGGAGAGAUACAGAAGGCUGUUUCAACUGGCAGGAGCUGCAGAGGCAAAAGCACUUCUGGUUUCUCUGCACUGUUGAACGAGACGUUAGUGUCCUGGAACGUCGACAGAGACAGGUUCAAACCACAACAUUUAGAUCCAGAAGUGGUCUCAGAAUUUGACUCGGCAGGUGUUGGCUGUAGUCUGGACCAAUCCCUACAAUCGGGGGUUCUGCCUAGUCUCACAAAAGGCUUGUUUGAGAGACACCCUCCCAACUCCCUGUUUUAGGAACAAGCCACCCUGAAUAACCAGCCCGUGCAGGGCUCUUUUAUUUCCCAUUGUACCUUAAAGCCCUGUCUUGUGUUGCUCUUUGAUUUUCAGUAAAUAAAGACCUUUGAAAUGGA